GUAGGCCUCUCGUUUUGCUGCUCCCCCGAUCGAGUUGAUCUUAACGCCUUUUUGUUUCUGUAAAUAUCAGCCACCCGAUCAAUGCUACAAAAAUGACGCCGUUUUAAGAAGCUUACAUAAGGGUAUUCUAGUCAAGUAACAAGUACCAACUGCUGGGGUUUUCCAGUCUUCGGGUUGUUUCACUUUCCCCUUCACCCCAACCACCGUUUUUAACGUCCCGUCCCGUCCCUCUUAUCAAUAGAUUCAAAAUCCCAUCCCAACAAUCAAAGAGCUUCCCUCUCUAUUACGAUCUAAUUUUGUCGCCUUCGAUUCUGCCUCCCUCCCGUAAUUAAUUGUCGGCGGCCAUGUUCGCCUUUAAGGUUUUUUCACUCUUGCCAAGGCGAUUCGUCCCGCGGAGCCCCUUGCUUCUCCUCUCUGUUCCCCAAAAGCAGCAAUCGGUCAUCCUCUCCGACCAGUUCCGCUCCCUUCUUCCUGAAUCCCCAAGUGCGGUGUCUUUCUUACAUAAUUCAGCACCGCAAUUCUCCAUCUUCCAAAGAUAUGGAGCGUCUUCAUCUGCGACCUCUGAGCCUACCGACAAGGAACAGGUGAGUACUGUACAGAAUACUGGUGCUUCUAGGAAUGCAGAGGCCACAAAUACAAGUGGAGAUGCUAAACAUUCCAAUCAAGCUGAAGAUUCAGGUUCUACACACAGCAGAGCCGCUGAUCAGACAAAAGAAUCAGAUUCUGAGAAGGAGGAGGUGCUGUCCAUGGAUGAUUUGUUUAAACUAGUAGCAGAGAAGGAAGAAAUUUUGAAGUUGAAGGAUAAAGAGAUUGGAGCAGUGCAAGACGAAGUUCUUCGGAUUUAUGCAGAUAUGGAGAAUUUCAUGUACAGGACAAGGCGGAAAGCAGAAAACUCUAAAAAGCUUUCCAUACAGAGUUUUGCGAAGAGUUUACUGGACGUCGCAGACAACUUGGAAAGAGCUUCUUUGGAAGUUACAGAGAGUUUUGCAAAACUCGAUACAUCUACAGAUUCUGCUGGAGCUCUGCCACUCUUAAAAACACUUCUUGAAGGUGUUGAAAUGACCAAGAAACAACUUUUGGAGGUAUUUAAAAAAUAUGGAGUAGAAAAAUUUGAUCCUACGAAUGAACCAUUCGAUCCACAUAGACACAAUGCGGUUUUCCAACUACCAGAUGGUUCCAAGCCUCCAGGCACCGUUGCUAUAGCUCUUAAGUCGGGAUAUUUGCUUUAUGAUCGAGUUAUUCGGCUGGCUGAAGUUGGUGUAACUCAAGCAGUGGAGAAUGCAGCCGAUGCCAGCACAGCUGACAAGGGCUCUCAAUAUUGACAGAGCACCAUAUAUGGAGUAUGGACGCUAUAUAUACUUGUAGAAGUGUAACGGAACAUCCAACACGGCGAAUUGCAAGUGGAGCCAGCGAAUGCGGUGUUGGUGAAGGUGGUAGGAGAGAUUGGGGUCCAGCUCUUCUUCCACAUCCUCACUGGGCUACUAAACACUGCGGCAGAUGGACCGUACCAGGACAAUACCCAGCCUAGCAACGAUUCGACUCCCUCCAUAUCUGGAGCCCUGAGGACAGAUCCGCAAUCCAGGCAGUACUUUAAAAGUACCGCUCGUUUUGACUUUUGUUGUCACUGAGCGGAAUGUACGAGUCCAAGAGCUGGAGUUGGGUUGAUAGGAAGCUAAGUCGGGAGCAGCCCAUGUCAAAGACCAAUGUGAGAGAGAAGGUUUAAUCUAAGAGAAAUCCUGGGGACCGGUCCAGCUAUUAAAACCAAAAUAACAGCCCUCCAAUAACCAUGUGCCACGUAAGAGGUUUAUUGGGCACAAUCUGCACCUGCAUACGCCCGAUUAGAGGACUCUCCCCUCUCUCACUCCUUCGUAUUCCCUUUCUCCCUCGCUCUUUCCACUCCAUCCCUGAAGCUCUCGACCUCCUCAUCCAGCACGGCGCUAGACCUAGAUGGUGGCAGAGCUUGAUCCAGACGGUGACGAAGACCCAAAUGGUGGUAUGAAAAAUGGAGAUGUCAGCAUCGGACUGAGAUAGUGGCGUUGGAACUAAGCUUUGUUGGGCGACAAGAAUUGAUGGCUGUGCAAAACAACGCUGAGUUUGGAGCGAAGACAGAAUGAACCUGAGAGAGAAUGGAGAUGCUAAUUUCUGUGUAGUGCUUCUAGUGAUCAUGUGUGGUAAGGUGUAAAAUAUUUAUGGCGUUUCAACUUACGUGUCACCUUGUGAAUGACGGGCUGCUUUUCAGAUUUUGACAGACGGACCGCUCCACAUCGCUUCGCUUAAUCUAAUUCACAUUUCACAACAAAAGCAUUAAACAGAAGACCAAACCAUGUAUCACACCUCAACUUUUACAUGGUUAAUUCAUUCACGGUCUUGUCAUUUUAUCUAUUUAUCCUUGCUCUUAUGAGAAAAGCAAACGAAGAUGGUCUUUGUAUUAAUAAAAUUGAUCUUAAGGAAUUUAAUGUUUAUUCGUUUGAGUCAAAAA